UCACAUUUUAUCUUUUAUUCAUUUUUUUUAUCUAUUUUGAUUUACAUUUUCAUAUUUUAGUUUUUAUUUUCUCCGUUGAAUAUUUACCCCAAAAUGUCAAGACGUUUGAGGAGUGCGAAUGUAUUAUUAGAGAGAAUAAAUGAUAUCGAUGCAGAAUGUUCUGAAGAUGAUCAAGAAAUUCUGGAUAUGAAAAAUAAUAAUAUGGAAAAUUAUGAUCCACUUGAAACCGACUCGAACACCGAUGAGAACGAAGAGAAUAUUUCGAACGUACGUAGACGACGAAAGAGAAGGAGAUUUUUAGUUAGUUCCGAUAGUGAGAAUGAGAAAGAGGCAAGCGAAAUUGCGAUGGACGGAACUGUUUGGCAGGAAGUAAAAAUAGGGUCUAAUCCUGGAAGAGCACCUGGUCAUAAUAUUUUUAGGGAAACAUCAGGCCCCACUGGGUACAGUAAACGUAAUAUUACGAAAGGCGAAGUUAGGACGGCAUUUUCUGUGAUAAUUGAUAAGAAUAUAAUUGAACUUAUAAGAAAGUGCACAGAGGCAGAGGCAUUUAGAGUGUUGGGAUAUAAAUGGGAACUGUCUACUGCAAUUCCUGCAUUUUUUGCAAUUCUGUAUGCACGUGUAGCAUAUGAGGCUAAGAAUAUAGAUAUAGCACUUCUAUGGAAUAAAAAGUGGGGCCCGCCUUUUUACUCAAAUACUACGAGUAGACAUGACUUUACGGAGGUUAUGAGAUUUAUUCGAUUUGACGACAGAAAUCAACGAAGCCAACGGUUACAAACCGAUAAAUUCGCUAUGAUUUCCAAAGUUUGGUACAAGUUUAUUGACAACAGUCAAAAUUGUUAUAAACCAGGACCAUAUAUUACUAUUGACGAACAAUUGUUUCCAACGAAAGCAAGAUGUAGAUUCACUCAAUACAUGCCCAAUAAACCGGACAAAUUUGAUAUAAAAUUUUAGUUAGCAUCCGAUGUAUGUAGCAAAUAUAUAAUAAACGGCUUUCCAUAUUUGGGAAAAGAUGAAAGUAGAGAGCCCUCAGUUCCUCUUGGAGAGUUUGUCACUAUGAAAUUAGCAGAAUCGUAUGUAAGAUGUAUGAAGAUAUAAUGGAUGAAGAAAUAUAACCACGGACAGCUUUUUUACAUGUCUACCUUUAGCAACAGAACUUCUAGCAAAAAAAAAACUACGAUUGUUGAGACAAUUAGAGCUAAUAGAAAAGAGCUACCAAGACUGGCAAAACUGAAAAACGACGACAUGACACUUUUCUCAACCAAACUCUAUCGCUCAAAUAAUUGAAUAUUGACAAUUUACAAAGCCAAACCAAGAAAGAAAGUUCUAAUUCUCAGUUCAAUGCACAACCCCGUACAAGUUGAAGAAAAUGACAUCCGAACACCGGAGACAAUUCAAUUGUAUAAUAGCACCAAAUGGCCAGAAAUUAUUCGGUAAAAUCUAAAUCUCGGAGAUGGUCUUUGCAAGUAUUUUUUAAUACCCAUCGCAAGUAUAAGUAUAGGAUCCCGUGAACGGAAAACAUGUCAGAUAAAGUAUUGUAAAGAUAAUAAGACGAACAAAAUCUGUCUAAAAUGUAAAAAGUACGUAUGCGGAAAAUGUACAGUUGAGAAGCCCAUAUGUAAAAAAUGCGACGAAAAGAAUAAAAUGUAGAUUACAUGUACUCUUGAAUAAAAGAAAAUAUAUUUUUAUACUGGUAAGCUGGCUAUUGGUUUGCAUUCAAUAUUGAAAAAUAUAAGUUGUGAAAGACCGGUCUACGUAUACGUAGGUAUACGUGAAGUGUCGGUAGGAAUAGUCUUAUAAUAUGUUAGUUAGUUCCAAAACCAUACUAAAUAAUAUGAUGGUCUGUAAAUGCACGUUUCUGCCACAAAGUAGCGCUAAGUAGCUGAUAGCCAACGUCCAGAAUGGUUCCGAGUGCAAAGGGUUAAGUAUCGGAAAUUAUGCGAUUGAUUAAAAACCGCGGGAUUAAAGUUACAAACCGA